AUGAACUUUUUGAACAACAUCACUGGUGGCGGUAACCAAGGUGGCCAGGGCGGCCAGGGCGGCGGUCUUGCCCAGAACCUCAUGAACAAGGUCUCUGAAAAAGUCACUGGCGGCGGCCAGCACGGCGGCAACGACUCCUACGGUAGCAGCAACACGGGCUCUGGUGGCUUUGGCGAUGGCAAUAACUCCUACGGCAAUUCUAGUUCGGGCGGCUACGGCAACAACUCGAGCUCUGGCGGCUACGGCAACAAUUCGAGCUCUGAAGGCUACGGCAACAACUCGAGCUCUGGCGGCUACGGCAACAACUCGAGCUCUGGAGGCUACGGCAACAACUCGAGCUCUGGCGGCUACGGCAACAACUCGAGCUCUGGAGGCUACGGCAACAAUUCGAGCUCUGGCGGCUACGGCAACAACUCGAGCUCUGGCGGCUACGGCAACAACUCGAGCUCUGGCGGCUUGGGUGGCGGUAAUGGUAGCUACGGCAACUCUGCUUCUGGCGGCUAUGGCGGCGGCAAUGACAGUUACGGCAACUCUGGCUCUGGUGGCUAUGGCGGCAACUCUGGCUCCGACUCGUUUGGUAGCGGUGGUGGACGGCACCAUGGAAACAGCUCGAGCGGUUUUGGUGGUAGCAACAACUCAAGCUCUGGCGGCUACGGCAACAACUCGAGCUCUGGCGGCUUGGGUGGCGGCAAUGAUAGCUACGGCAACUCUGCUUCUGGCGGCUAUGGCGGCGGCAAUGACAGUUACGGCAACUCUGGCUCUGGUGGCUACGGCGGCAACUCUGCCUCUGGCGGCUACGGCGGCAACUCUGCCUCUGGCGGCUACGGCGGCAACUCUGCCUCUGGCGGCUACGGCGGCAACUCUGCUUCCGGCGGCUACGGCGGCAACUCUGCUUCUGGCGGCUACGGUGGUAACUCUGCUUCUGGCGGCUACGGCGGCAACUCUGGCUCUGGCGGCUACGGCGGCAACUCGGGCUCGGGCGGCUACGGCAGUGGUGACUACUAA